AUGGCGCCUAAGGCCUUGACGGAAUGUCCCGAGAACCUUCGAGAGGCGAUCGACUGGCUCGUCCAGGUGCGGCACUGUAGCGGGGUUUCAACGCUGUCUGGCGCUCUCUCCGCGUUGUUCGACAAUGCUGCUCAGGACGCUGAGAAAUCUCUGCCGUCUCUGCUCGACACGGAUCGGCCGUCCGCCAGAGAUGUGGUCUCCAAACUUCGGGCGUUUCAGAGUACUCUUCCGAAAGACUCUGAGAAUCCUAAUAAAAACAUUAUACAUAAUCUCUGUGCCUCCGCUUGCAGCUUCUUAGGUUAUCGGUAUCGUGGGACCUACGACGGUUCCGGGAUUGUAUAUGGCAACGCCUCCCGUCUGUGCGAUGCCAUCCUGGCAUUGCUGUAUGCCGUGUUCAGUGAUGUCUGUGAUAACCAGCCUUACGUUGCUGGUAGAAGUGUAUUACAUGAUGUGAUUGUGCAGCUGAAAUCCCAACUGUGGCGUGGCCACAAGGGGUUUUGUCAAGCCAUCCCCAAGGUGGCCACUGGCCUCCAGAGGUACAACGCCGCUGUCGAGGCUUCAAACGAAAGAGUAAAGGAGCCGAUUCAAACAGUUUUGGAGUACGUGAAACCAGAUGGUGAGUUGUGUAGAGGUAUAAACAUAUUGCAGAUAACGGAAACAUCUACGUCAGCUGAAGAUGAGAAAGCUGUGGAGUCCGCUGUCUCCUUGGUCGAGGGGUGCAAAGAGGUUGCCAGGGUAUUGUCAAAAAGUCUCAUGGCAGCCAAAGAUGCCAUUAAUGACCUGAACCCCAAGCUGAAAAAGAAGCUUGAGAACGCCAGGAGAAGCUUUUUCAACCACGUCGACUGGCUGAGCAGGUGGUCCAAGAAGGGGCAGAAAAAGAUGUUGGACAAGAUGAUACAGAAAAUCAAGAAUAGGCUUAAACAGCUUGCAAAUGCAGUCAAGGACAAAAUUAAACAAGAGGUGCAUACGGUUGUCGAGUUGUUGAAGGACCGUGUCAGGGAGGUUAAAAUGAAGUUGGAAGGUAUUACUGUCAGUCUGGAGGAAUAUGUCAAGGAACUCGGGCAAUGGAUGGAUGAGGCGAAAGAGUAUAUUCAAGAUGUGAAAAAGUAUGUUAAUAAGAUAAUGCAGGAACUUGAUGGAGAGAAUAGGAAAGCGAUUGACAAGGCAGCCGCGGACAUUGAUAGUGAGCUUAGUGAGAAGGUUGAGGAGUUGAAUCAGUGGAUUGAGACGGCGGACGCCGCCGUCAAUGUGGCUAAGGAUAAGGCAGAUGAUGUAUUCAAGAGGUUGGAUAAAGAUGAGAAAUCUGGGACAAAGAUUAGUCAAGGGUUUGAGAAGAUUAGUGAAGCUAAGGAAAAUGUUUCGGAAGUUAGUACCCAACUGCUAUCUGUCCACGACGAUUUGGUAGGUUGGAAAGAUGCAACGCAGGGUGUGAUCAGCAAAGCUGCUGGGAAGGCCGGAGAGGUGAGUGGGCAGUUGGAUCCUUCACAAAAAGGUGAUGGCAAUCCAAUUGGCAAGAACCUCAAGGAUAUUGAGACCGCUGAAAAGACUAUUUCAUCCGCUAAUGAACAACUCAAAAGUCAAGUCGAUAAGUUGAGUAAGUGGAUCACCGAAGCUGAUAAAAUCCGUGAGCAGGCACAGAAGAAAGCCCAGGAAGUGUACAACAGCUUGGAUGUUCAUAAGGACCUUAGUGAAAAACUUGGGCAGAUUAAAACAGCAAAUCAGGAAAUAAAAAGUGUUAAUAAGGAGCUGAGUGAGGUAGACAAAAAUCUGGAAGAGUGGAAGCAGGUGGCCGGGAAAGUGAUUCAGGAUGUGGUCAAAAAGGCUGAGGAUGUAUAUAAGAAGCUGGAUCACGGAGAUAAACAGCAGCUGAUUAGUCAAGGCAUUACGCAGAUUAAUGCAGCUAAAGAUAACGUUGAUGGUGUUGCUAAGGGCUUAACAUCUGUUAAUGAGGAUUUGCAGAAGUGGAGAGAGGCGGCAAAGGCUGUGCUUGGCACUGUGAUUGAUAAGGCUAGUGAGGUGCAUAAACAGUUAAAUCCAGAUGCGCAUGAUGCAUCCCAUCCAAUUGGCCAAAAAAUUAAAGAGAUCGGCGACGCUAAACAAGAAAUUGAUAAGGCCAAUCAAACCCUUGGUCAACAAGUUAAGCUUUUGAACACCUGGAUUAAUGAGGCGGAGAGCAUCCGCGCUGCCGCUGAAAGUAAGGCCAAGGAAGCGUACGACAAGUUGAGUGUUCAUGAGGAACUUAGCAAGAAUGUCAAUAGAAUUAUGGACGCUAGUAAGGCAAUUAAAGGUGUUAAUAAUGCGGUUGAGAAAAAACUCAAGGAGUUGGGAACGUGGAAUGAGAAGGCUAAGGAGGUGCUUGACGGGGCUAUAAUAAAGGCGCAGGAAGUUCAUGGUAAGUUGCAAGAUGCUGUUGUCGAGAAAAUUGAUGAAAUUGAACAGCAUAACAAGGAAAUUAUUACUGCAAAUAAUAGCCUUGAAAAAGAAGUGGGCCACCUAGGUAAGUGGAGAGCUGCCGCCGGUAAAGUCAUUGAUCAGGCCGACGAGAAGUGCGACAAAAUUCUGGAGAAAGUGCAAAAUGAACAUCCCAAGAAUUACGAUAAAGGCAAUAAAACAGUUAUCUUCCAACAAGCUGAAGAUUUGAAAAAUCAGGGUAAAAGGCUUUUGGAUGCGGCGAAAAACGCUAAGCAGAGAGUUGAAAAAAAUGUCAAAUCGGCGUUGGAGGCUGUGAAUGAGAUGGACUCAGAUCUCAAGAAGGAUUUGUUUGACGUUAAGACAAAAAUUAAGCAGGGGAUUACGGAGGUUAUUAGUACGUUGCAGGUGAAUAAGUUGGGUGAGAGAGUUAGAGAGGAUUUAGUUAAGCUGAGGGAGCGGAUUGGAAAUCUCAAGGGUAAAGUAAAUAAAAAUGAAAAAAAUGGCGGCACUCUUGUUAAAAAAGAGUUGGAUGCGCUUGAUCAAGCGAAGAACACGCUUACCGAGGAGAGUCGUAAAAUUAAGGAGCAGAAGUUGAAGGAGAUGGACCAGCGGUUCAACAGUGCAAUAAAGGAGUCGCUUAACCAAGAGGUCGAGAAGGUCACUACGGCGAUUCAGACUCUGUACGGCAAAAUCAAUCCAAAGAACGACAGCGCAUCAGAGACUGAUAAAAAGCAACUUCACAAGAUUUUUGAGCAUAUUAACAACGAAGUUGAGAAGAUUAAGGGUAAGGCAGGGAGUAGUGCAUCUGAUCCAAUCGCCAAAGGCCUUGAUGGUAUUGUAUCUAAAACGAAAGGGCUUGUUCGGGGGUUUGGGGACAGGAACAAGAGCGGUCAUGGAUUUAGUCAGAGAGUCGAUGGGUGGAUUGGCAAUAUUCUCGGUAUUAAUCAGAAUACUGGAGGUAAACAGAUAAAGGGGAUGGAAGCUGUGAUAUCUUGGAUUAAAGAGUAUGAUAGCAGAGUCAAUGAGCGUAACAACGCUUUAAAAGAUCAAUUCAAACAAAAAAUUAAAGAGGCACUUAAUGAGCAAAUCACAGCCGGCCAGGAUAAAAUAUCAUUACGCGACGUGAAAGAAAGCAUCGUGGAAAAUUUGACGAAGGUCAAAGAGGCUUGUGAUACAUUUGCAGAUGCUUUGGACGCGAAGCUGACGAAGGUGGAAAUAGAGAAAACCAUCGCUCCGAUUGUCCGUAAUAUUCAGGGUUCAUCAGGCGGGGCAGGAACGUCGGGUGGAAAUGCCGAACAUCUCACCACCGCCGUUAAAACAGCCUUAAUUGCGCUCUGCAGGUGCGUUAAACAGGUGGCUUCAGAAAUAGAUUUCUUGGGGGUACGAAUGUUUGGCGGAAUUAUAGACGAAACCAAGAAGACUGUUGAUGGGCUUAAUACAAAUCUUACCAAUGCGGCCAAAACUGGCACCCCCGCAAUUGGCACCGCCCAAGCAGUGGACAACGCGAUCGAUAAAGUAAGGGAGGAAGUUAAGGGGCUUGAACAAAAAUUUGAACAGGUCAAAAAGCCAGUUGAAGAAGCAGUCCGAGACCUUGAUACCGCCGUUGAUACCUUCGACAAGCAAGCUCAGCAGCAGGUCAAGGAUGCGGCCGAAGGGGCGAUUAAAGCGGCGGCUAAGGAGAUAAGUAACAGUGAUAAUGUGGAUCUUGAUGAAGCGCUGAGUAAGAUGCAGAAUUUCCACGAAGCUCACCAGAAAAUUAAUGAUGAGCUUCCAACACAACUUGAAAGCUUACUCAAUGAGCACAUCGGGAGGGAUGGUAAGGUAGGUGGUGGUGAUACAGUUUCACUUAAGCACACCUUAAGCUUGGGUGCAUAUAGAAAGCACAUUAAACAAAAUGGAGGUGAUGAAGGAAAGCUUAAACAAGCGAUUGAGAGGAUAAGAGACGGUGUCGAUGACGCCUUGAAAAUGGCCGAUCCAAGUGUUAAAAAAACGAUUGAAGAACUGACCUUUAACUCUGCGUUUGCUCUAAUUGCAAGUGAGCUGUUGGGUAUCACCCAUUUAGUUAAUGGAACAAACUCCUUCGUAGAUGGAGGCGAACAAGGCGUAAAAGCGCUUUUGACGGAGCUUCAUAAGGGGAUCGGUAAAAAUAAAUUGGCUGACACAGAAAAAGGCCUUGAGGCAAUCAUAGAGGCUAUUAGAGAUAUGCAAAAAGAGGCGUUUGGUACAAAACCCAAGGCAAUUGAGAAAAUCGCCACAGAUAUAAAGGCGCAGGUUGAAGAUCUUAAGAAGAAGUUGAAGAGUGGUGAUAAAGAUCCAAUAAUCAACGCAUUGAAGGAUUUGAAGGAUGCUGGUCUAGCUAGUGGGCAAUGGAACGGCAAUGAUGGGCGUCAGGUAGAUGGUCUUCUGAGAAUCUACGAGGACCUUCAAAUGCAGAGUGGGAAAGUGCCCGAUCAAACCGGAAUUAUAGGAGAAGCCAUUAAAAAAAUUAGAUGGGAGCUUUUAAAACUCGGAUAUAAGUUGGACAAUCUCUUCACUGAUGAUGAUAUCCUAGACAAGUUGAAGGAGUUGCAAAGGAAGAUAGGUAAAGACGCACAUAUAGAUGGUGACAACCUUCGAGCAAUUUGUAGCAUUAUUGAGAAGUUGCAAAAUGGGCAGCUUACUAGACAACCGACGGUAAUCGAGGGAGCACAGGAAGUAAUCGCAAAGGAACUAGAGAGACUUCAAGGUGAGUUGAGAAACGGAAACGGCAAUGGUGUCAUUAACGCAAUUGAAAAUUUGAGAGAUAUUGGAUUGAGUGAAAAUACCUGGGUUAAAGCUGAACACAAUAAAGGUCUCCAGUUGAUAGAAAACGAACUUAAAGAGCAGCAAGAAUCGUUGGCACAACAACCCGGACAAUUCAACUCAGGCGUCGAAAAAAUUAUCACUAUGAUUGCGAAGCUUAGAAAAGAGCUAAUAGAUGGCAAUAGCGGCAAGGAUGGUGUUAUCGACGUAUUAGUACGCUUGAAGGAUAAUGGGCUCACUGAAGGCGAGUGGGAAGAGACAGGUAUCCAUGGUCUUGGACUCAUUCAAAAGGAAGUCACAAAGCAGAAUAAGAAGUUAUCCAACGCAAACAAAAUAAUAGACAAAGCAACUGACAGUGUACUUUCAUAUACACAAAGUGUGCUUAAAACUGCUAAACAGAAGUUACGAGAUGAUAUAGCUACUGACGACGUACUGGACAAUUUAGAAGAGCUGCAAAAAAAAAUUGGUCUCAUUGGAAGUAAUGAUGAUGCCACCCUUCGCGGAAUAUAUAAGAAAAUUAGUGGGCUGCAAGAAGAUGCGUUUACUAAUAACCCCAAAGAAAUUGAAGAAGCAAAAAUCGCCAUUAACAAGGAACUUGAAGAGCAGCGGGCGACUUUGCAAAAAAAUGUCACUGAUCCGCUAAAAGAUUUGGUGACCAAUGGAUUCGGUAAAAGUGACAAAUGGAAUGGCAAUGCCAAGGGCUUUGAUAAUAUUCAAAAGCGCCUUAACACUCAAAAUGACACGUUGUCACAACAACCCCAAAACAUACAGGAUGGAAUCAAUGAGAUAACCGAUGAGCUUAAGAGUCUCAGAGCUGUGUUGCAGGGCACUGGCGACGACAAUCCCGAAAAAAGAGGCGUGAUAAAGAAUUUAGAACAUUUAAGAACACAGAUCGGCAAUAAGGACAACAAAGGCCUUAAGAAAAUCAAAAGUGAAAUUGACUCCCUUAACAAAAACCAAAUCCCGGUUAUCACCCAGAAUCUCAACACCAUGUCCACUGAAAUCACCAACGCAGCUGGACAAUUGGGUUUGAAUCUGAUUCAGCUGGGUGAUCCACAUAUCGACGUCAAACUCAAAGACAUACAAGAUGGUUUCGACAACCUCCGACUCACCGAUCUGGCCGAGGCCAUCAGGUUGUGUGACGAUUUCCUUAAUAAAGCCGACGAGAUGGAAAAGAACACCAUCAUCGCCCUUUUGAAGCACGUCGACGAUGACGUGUACGACGCCAUCAAGGACCUCACCAAGGAGGCCCGUACGCUGUACGUGGACUCAGUGAAGGAGGCAUUGGAAUUGUUUGUCAAAAAAGUGGAGGAGGAUUUGGAGCAGCUGCCGAAUGAAAUAAACAGGGAAAGGUACAUAGGCUAUAAAGGGUUCAUGAAGUACUUGCAAGGAUCGCUGACCUCCGAUCUAACAGGUGACGAACAGAGCGUCGCAGAAUUGUCAUCCGCAUUCCAGGAGGUCUUCGAGCAAAUGGAGAAGUACAUAAGGGUUGAGAUCACCAGGCUGCACGAUGAGCAAAAAAAAGAGCAGAAUCCCUCUUUGCCACCGACCGAAGAGCCAUACACGCCCAAGCUUAAUGAUGUUUAUGAAGCGCUCACCGCGCUGCUCGCCUACCUUAGAGACAAUGAUGACGGUGCCGACAAACUCACCGAGCUGGUUGAGAGGCUGACCAAGGCGCUGGGUGAUUUCGUACCCUCCGACUUCAAGCACCUGUGCACUCCACUGCUGGAUACGGUCUCUCGCGGUCUCACUAAAUUUGCCGCUGAGUUUGGCAACACGUACCUAUCUACCUACUCCGGUCAGCGGUGCAGGGAGGAGCACUCACACAAGUACGCCAAGGUGUUCCUCAGCCUGAUACCUAUGACGCACAAAGCGCUUAACAAGUUGAUGAUGAAAUGUGAAGGUGAGUGGAAACAUCUUCCCAUUAGUAUGUUCACUGCUGGCGACAGGGACAACGCGCUUGGCAACUACCUCACCAGGUGCGGCUACAGGGUGUCCAGUUCACGGGGUGAGCAGGAUGGCGAAUUGAACAACGUGUUUACUGGCGGUGGGAUUUACGAGUUGCUAUUCACCCCAAUUGAGAGUGUGGACAUCGAGAUGAUGAUUGACGGUGAUCCGAUGAAAAACGGAAUUAACUUUGUCCAGAUCAUAUCGCUGCUGUACAACCUCUUAUGCCGCUACUUCCAGGUCUGCCACAUCCCUGUUCCCCCUGAGCCACGAUACCCGUGCACAGUCAGGGACAUGUUGUCGUGGCUCUCCGGGCUGCAGUAUACAAUGGUGGCUGACAAGCUACCUGGGCACUGCAAGGCGUUGCUCAACCGCCGAUGCCACGAUGGCGACACCCCUAACAAGGAGGAUCCCAUCAUGGCCAAGUGCAUUGGUGAGCUACCUAUUAUCAUCGCAUCAGCCUGUUCACACUCCACCGCCCUGCUCACCGCCAUCCAGGGCAACGGCCACGGCUUCGACCUCGCCGCCUACCCGUAUUCGGUGGACUUCUCCAACAACCGCGCCAGGCUCCACUACCCGGCUGACCCAGACGCACUGCUUGAAAUGCUACGUGAUAUAACAUGCCGUCUAAGUAAAGUGCUCUACUUCCUGUACUCCCAGUGCUGCCGCAGCACCGCCCGGGUCAAGGGGUGGCGGGAGUGCGCGUACGGCAGGCAGGUGCAGUCAAACCACUGGCAGUGUAAACAAAUCGGCACUUACCCUAGUACUAUCAGCACUACUACUGCUGCAACAACUACCACUUCCUCCACCUCCAAUCCCGGCUGCCCUCCCACCUCGCCGCUCCAGUCGUUCCUCUCCGACCACUGCCAAGGUCUACUGCCGCAUACCCUAACUGCUGCUGACAUGACCAUCCAAUGUGCCAACUGCGCCGCCAACCAACCUGGCCAGCAGUGCCUCACUCCACUCGGCUUCUGGGACCUUGGCUUCGCCGCCUCCAUAAGUGGCACCGGCUGGGAUCUCGCCAAGCGCCUCGGAGAUAUGUGCCGUGACGCCGACUCAUGCCUCUUCGUGCUGUGCCGGACUCUGUUCUUGUUGUGUCCCACUGCACCCUCAUCACUGGCCGAUAUGUUCUCAUUAUUCACGCAGGUAUUACGGCGGUGGGACUCUCAUGACCGCGUUCAACACCGUGGAGGCACGUACACCGAUGCCUCCGAUUUCAUAUCGCAUCUCAACACCGACGGCAUCGACAGUCUCUUCCCGCUGUGGAAAGAGCUCCACGGCAGCUAUGAAAAUCACAAGCUUACCAGUGCCAUCGCAUCACUCGCUGGCCAUGACCACAUAAGCCACGAUGCGCUGUCGAACCUCUUCAACGACUUCACUUGCAAGUCACCCAGUGGAUGCGCUCCCUACCUCCAACCCCUAGGACUCCACGCCCGUCACACCUACCCGCAGAAGCACGCGCGGUUAUACAUCACGUGGAUAAUGUACAUGGCAUGGCAGUUCUGGGAGUUGCUAUUUGAUUUGUUGCAGGCUCUGGACAACAUCGACUGCACGGCCUCCGGGUGUGCCACAUGCCCCUGUAAACCAGGCAUACACGGUGGGAAGGACACCUGCCACUGCCCAUCCAUCGUCCACUGCGCCGGACCUCUGCCCACACUCUACCGCCACGGAUUCACGUAUCGCAACGCAAAUCUCCUGGUCACCGAUAAUCGUGCCAUGCGCUGCGGAGACCUCAACGCACAACUCAAAAGGGCGCUGCACUCCGACCACUUCACUGAAUUGUUCCGGCAAAUCGACCAACUCAUGUGGCACAUCCGGAUGCCUUUCUUCUACUGCUUCAUCGCACUGUGGUCUCUUGUGGCGCUGUACAUACUCCACACUUCCCUGUACCGCAUGGACGUCUUACGCAUCAGGUCACAUCUCCUUACCACCAAGGCCUCACACCUUAUUGAUGUCAAGGCGCUACUCAUCCCGAGCAGAAAAAUGCUUUCACUCUACAACGCCAGUUACUUCGACGACGACCCCAACGAGCUGCUCAACUUAAAAUAA